CGGCAUAUAUAUAGAUAGAUGAGGCUGCAUUACAGUUGCACCUUGCAACCUAAGGCUUCUAAAGAACUAGAUUGAACUAGAAGAAUUCCUUGAGGGUCUAAGUGCACACAUAUAUGGCAUCCAAACCACUCUCCAAAUCCUUCCUCGCCUUCUACCGAUUUGCUCGCCGGAGGCUAGGGAUUCCACCAGGCCACCACCAUCACCGUCGAAGCACGAGCGGGAUACCUACAUGUCCUAACAUCAUCCAGAGGUGCCCACUACCCUCACAAGAUGAUGACCACCUUCAAAAUCAAGAUCUAAUCCUAGAUAUUGAUGGACUACUGAGGUCUUCAUCUACCUUCCCUUACUUCAUGCUUGUUGCAAUAGAGGCAGGUAGUUUCCUUAGAGGUCUCAUCCUAUUAUGCCUCUACCCUUUGCUAUGUUGCUUGACACAAGAAGUACAAUCGAUGGUCAUGGUCAUGGUGUGCUUCUUGGGGUUAAGGGAGGAAAAGGUGAUGCGGGUCACGAGGGCGAUGUUGCCAAAGCAUUUCCUAGAGGAUGUAGGGAGGGAAGGGCUUGAGGUUGUGAGAGGGUACAAGAGGGUGAUAGGAUUGAGUAGGAUUAUCCCUAGGGUUAUGUUGGAAGCUUUCCUGAAGGAGUAUGUAGGGUUGGAAACGGUGAUGGGGAGAGAGGUGAAGACGGUGAGAGGGCGCUAUGUUGGUCUGUUGGAAAAGGAGAGUGAAGGAAGGUUGGGGUUUGCAAAGCUCGAUGGAACAGAGAUGGUAGGGUUUGGAAGUAGCUCAAGCUUUUCUGAUCAUGAUCAUCACCAGCUCUUCUCUUGCUGCAAGGACGUCUACAUGGUAACUCCAGAACAAAAGAGAAAAUGGUCACCCUUGCCAAGAGACCAGUACCCAAGGCCUUUGGUCUUCCAUGAUGGAAGGCUGGCCUUCAGGCCUACCCCUCAAGCCACCCUAGCCAUGUUCAUGUGGCUCCCGUUUGCCCUUCUCCUCACCAUGCUCCGAACACUCGUCUUUGUGAACCUUCCUUAUUCUAUCUCCGUCCCUAUUGGAUCCGUCACUGGAGUCACAACCCGGGUCAUCUACUCCGCCGCUGGUCAGGCAAGCUCUGAAAAACUUGCCCAACCCAAGCCCCUGGGCCGCGUGUAUGUGUGCAACCACCGCACGCUCCUCGACCCGGUUUACAUCUCGGCAAUGCUGAACAAGCAGGUAUCAGCCGUGACAUACAGUGUGAGCCGUGUCAGCGAGCUCCUGUCUCCAAUCCGGACCAUCCGGCUGACCCGGAACCGGGACGAGGACCGGAGGAGGAUGGAGCAGUCGCUGCGGCAGGGGGACCUGGUGGUUUGCCCCGAGGGCACCACGUGCAGGGAGCCGUACCUGCUCCGGUUCAGCCCGCUGUUCGUCGAGCUCGUCGACGAGGUCUACCCGGUGGCCCUGGCGAACUGGUCCAACAUGUUCUACGGCACGUCUACCGGCAAGCACAAGUAUCUGGACCACUUCUACUACUUCAUGAACCCGCACCCGGCGUACGUCGUCGAGUUCAUGGACAAGAUGCCAACUCGUGUGGUGAUCGACGGCAGGAGAUGCGAGAGCUACGAGGUGGCAAACAUGGUGCAGGGUGAGAUUGGUACGGUUCUUGGGUUUGAACUCACUAAACUAACUCGCAAGGACAAGUACCAGAUUCUGGCAGGAAAUGAAGGGGUUGUGGAUGCAAAGCAGUAACGUGUGUCAGUAGUGUAAGAUGUGCAUAUAUCGCAGUGUGGGCACCUGUAUGGUAGUUAAAACAACUUUAAUUUCUAGCUGGAUUUCUUGAUCUAUUAUUUAGAAAGGUUAUAUAUGCACCCUAUCGCGUGUCAGCAGGUCUGUUUAUCAUGUAUAACAAUGAGAUUUAUUAUAGGUUGCUUAAAUUCUGUA